AUGAUCUCGAAUGUAACGCCUGACAAUUUUAAGAAGCUUUAUUUUGAGCAUGAUCAAACUCUUUCAUGUCCAUGUUCAACAAUAGCAAUACCUUAUCGAAAUUUUACUUCGAGCAAUGUCACAAUGCAUUCGGUUUGUUCGAGUAUUUUUAUUGAACCAGAAUGGAUCAAAGGAUUAUAUUUUCCAAAUGCAAGUCAAUAUGGAGUAUGGGAUUUUCGAUCAACAGCACAUUCACAAUUUGAACUUUUAUCAAGUUUUUGUUCACUUUCAAAAGAAAUUAUUUCUCAAACUGAGAUUGAUAUUGAUAAUAAUGAACUUGUUACUCUUUAUCUUCUUUCUCAAGAACAAGUACAAUUGCAGAUAAAUGGAACAACUGACUUAUUAAAGAAAAGUGCAUCGUCUCAAUUGAUAACAUAUUUAGAUUAUUUAAGAAAUACAACUCAGACAAAUUAUUUAGUUUCAGCUCUCAAUACAAAUUUAAUAAUUAAAACAGCAUGGUCGUCUGAAUCUAUUCGUACAUAUGCAGACCAAGUAUCGUACUCUGAUCCUGAUACAGCCAAACUAUGCGGUAGAGAGAAAGUAGUGGCUGAUGCUACUCUCAGUCAAGUGAACUACGAAUUGAUCGACGCCAGUCGUAGAAACUCAAUGAAUCGGAGGCCAAAUUCUACAACUGUUAAUGGAUUCUUUACAGGAUGUACUCCUUUUGAAGCACUUCUUGAAAGUACAUUAGAUUGUUUAUAUCAAACAGAAUGUCUUCAAUUAUUAGUGGAUUAUUUUCCAAUUCGUCAACAAAUGAAUUUCCAUGCAAAUGAUUCAAUUUUAAAUUCAAGGCAUGAAAAUAAAUCUGUUAAUAAAUAUUUAAAUAAUCUUUUCAUUAUGAAUUGGUCACCAGAAAUUGAUUAUACAAAAUAUUUUCAUCAAUGUUCUCCAUCAAAUUGUACAUAUUCAAAAAAAGAUCAAACAGAAUUAUCUCAUGGAAUAACUCUUUUCAUUAGUCUUUAUGGUGGUCUUAUUAUUAUACUUCGUCUUAUUGCAUCAUGGUCUAUUGAUAUUCUAUCGAAAAUCAAAUGUUGUUCAAGAAAGAGAAAUCCAAAUUCAGAUGAAAAUGGAAAAAUAUUGAAAUUUAUUGAAUCAGUGAAACGAUUAAACUUAUUUAAGAAUGUUAAUGAUCGAACAGAAACUGGUAUUAAACAACAAAAGAUUAUCACAUGUGUUUAUUUGAUUUUAUUAACUGGGUCAAUUUGUAUUCUUUGUUUAUUCACAUCAUUAAAUAGUGAAAAUGUGACAAAAAUUGAAAAAAAUCCAUCAUUAACAACUUAUAAUUCUUUAAGAGGAGGCUUACAUUCCGCUUCAAUCCAAUGUCCAUGCUUUAAUAAAGCAAUUCCUCAUCAAAAAUUUGUCUUGUUGUCUCCACAUUAUCAUCAAAUAUGUUCGAGUGGUUUUGUUGAUAAUAUUUGGAUUGAUAUGCUGAGAGGGACUACAAUUAAUAUUAUUUAUAAUGACUGGCGUUCUCGUGCAUCCCCACUGUUUCAAUUAUUAUCUGAUUUUUGUCAAUUAGCUAACAAGACAAUCGAUGAUGCUGUGAAACGAUAUCUUUCUCAAUUAUAUAUUGCUUCUUUUGUAAUGAACGAAGACGAUUUCGACAAACAAUUAAAUUCCAGUCUCAAUCAAUUUUAUGGAUCAACAGUUCAUAAUUUUGAUUUGAUGGCAAAUGUCUUACAACUUCUUAUGCAGAUUGAUCAGCCGUAUAUAGGAGCAAAUCGAAGAGGCUCACAUAACUCGGACACCAAUCUAAUCGGAAAUUUUGUAGAAGAUAAAACAAACACAACUCAACUAGUAAAGCUGAAAUUUGUUUUAAACCAAAUCGAAGAUAUCAACUCAUCAAUGGUUACAUGUGUUUGUGCAAGUGAUCCUUAUUGUAAAAUUCCGGCUGUUAUUUACGAUUCUCAUGAUGAGUUUCCAACUCCAAAUAUGAAUUAUUCAAUCUAUAAUGUAUCAGGUUGGAUUCGAGGAUGUCUUGCCAUAGACUCUCUUCUUCUUUCAACACUUCAAUGUUUAUAUGAAGAUUCAGGUUGUUUUCCAUUGUUAUUGAGCUAUAUUCGCAAGUAUGAAAAUUCUGGGCAAUCAUCGCGUAUAAUUCAACCAUUGGUUUAUAAUCCAAUCAGCCGUUUUUCUCCAAAUGCAACGGUAUCAACCAUGUUUAAGGAAAUGAUGAUCGAACAAUGGAAUCGAUCAUCAUCGUAUCAAUCAU